AUGUCGAUUGAUCUCAACUGGGAGACGCUGACGAGCGGCCCAGAUGGCGAUGCUCUCGCGGAGCGCGUGCGAUGCUUCAUCCACGACAAGUUCCAGACCGUUCCGCUGCCCCGCUUCAUCAGAUCCGUCAGCGUCCACGGCUUUGACUUUGGCGACAUAGCGCCCGAGGUAGGACUCAAGGACAUCACGGAUCCGCUGCCCGACUUCUACGACCAAGAGCUGGAAGAAGGCGAGAGCGACGACGGCCUCGGAAGCGACGAGGAAGCCGCCGCGCCGCCUGCUGCAGACCGUGCGAGGCAGGCGGCGGCCGGCGGCACGAGCAGCGGCACGAGCAGCGGCAGGAGGGGACUCGGCGGCAUCAGGGCGGCGCUGCGACACGAGAUGCUGGGCCACGACCUGGGGAGCCCGCUGCUGGGGACGUCGACGCCGGGAAUCCUGGGCGGGCCCGGGCUGAACUACUUCCAGAGUCACCUGGGCACGGGGACUCAUACGCCGCUGGCGGCCGUGGCGGGCGCCCAUCUGGGCAACAGCUGGAUGAGCCCCGGAGCGCUCGACUCGAUGCACUCCCACCACGCGGCGGCGAGCCAUCACCGGAACCCGUCGACGAGCAGCAUCUCCGUGGACAACUACUCGGGGGGGCUGGACGCCGGGCCGCAGCCACUACGCGAGAAGUCGAGCGUUUCCACACUGGCCCCCAGCGCAUCUCGGCCGCCCACGCGCGACACGCACGUGGAGGCGCAGGAGGAGGACGAGGAGGAGGAGGAAGAAGAAGAAGAAGAAGAAGAAGAGGGGGAGGAGGAGGAGGAGGAACAGCGCGAGGGAGGCGAGGAGCGCGAGGCACACGCGGCGGCUCCCGUGCCAGAGGGCCCGGGGGAUGACGGCCUGGGCCUGGGCCGGCACAGGAGAGAGCCCAGGGUCGAGGACGUCCAGGCCGUCUUCAGGAUACGCUACGCCGGCAACAUCCGGCUGAACCUCACGGCGGAAAUCUUGCUCGACUACCCCAUGCCCAGCUUUGUCGGGAUUCCGCUCAAGCUGAAUAUUACGGGCUUGUCGUUUGACGGGGUGGGCGUCCUGGCCAAGAUACGCAAGAGGGUGCAUUUCUGCUUCCUGAGCCCGGAGGAUGCAGCGGCGGCUGUUGGGUCGGUGGACGAGGACGAGGAUGAGUACAAGGGCAAGGGCGACGGCGGGCGCUCAGAGAAGGCGACGACAACGGCGACGGCGGACGGGGACCAGGGAGAUGGGGGCAGAGGCCCGGGGAGGUUCGGGGGCUUGCUGCAGGAGAUCAAGGUGGAGAGCGAGAUUGGCGAGAGAGACGGCGGCAAGCAGAGUCUGAAAAACGUGGGCAAGGUGGAGAGAUUCGUCUUGGAGCAGGUGCGGAGGAUAUUCGAGGAGGAGUUUGUGUAUCCGAGCUUCUGGACUUUCCUGGUGUGA